AUGACUUAACUCAGUUUUACGCAUGCGCACUAAGUCAACAUUGUUUGUAGCGGCAGAGAGAAGACCACCGAAACAAUUUAUGUAACUCUGUAGUAGAGAUGCAUACAACAGCAGCAUUUUAUGUUUCAUACACGAGACAGACGUACUGCUAAUUGACUCAGCACAGUGUUGUUAAAAGUGUAGCUAUUACUACGAAGACACUGCUAUAUUGCCGACUUGUUUCGUUGCAAAAGAGUUCCCAGCCACGUCAACUUCGUCCGUGGCAGUAAAGUUCAAGCAUUCAUCGGAUCCAGAAUUUAACAGGUGAAACAGUAUAGUAACCCCUUUAAAUGGCUCAACCUUUGCCGAAACACCCCACAAGACAUUGAAAGGUGCUUGUAUGUGGAGUCUCUAUCAUGUCAACUUGUUGAUGUGUUGCCAAUGACCCGUACUCCUAUCCAGAAAAUGGAGCCCAAUAAUUGCCCUGCUGGAAACAAGGUGGAACAAACAGAUUCCUCACCUCAACAGGAGAACACUGCUUGUGGUGGACCUGCUGUAGGUGAUCCAGACAGUCAAAGCCAGUCACAUAAAGCUGCCUCCAAGGCUUCCCACCCUGAAUCAGAGGACCUGGACUCCUUUAACCUGAUAGAGCCCCCUCCUCUGGACUGGAGGUCAGACGACUCUAGUGAAGCAGGGUCAGUGGAAGAGAUGGAUGAUCCCAGCUGUCCUCCCUCCUCUGUCGCUAUGGACAGUCCAGAGGAUGUACUAGGUGAGUCCCUAUCUGCCGUGGAUGGAGUAGGUGAGUCCCUACCUCUCUUGGACACCAGUGACACUGUAGCUUUACCUGUGGCAGUUAGCCAGGAGGAGCUAAUCAACUUUGCUCCUGAGGAUAGAACCCCAACUGAACGGGUCCUGGAUCCUUGUGAAAAGGAAAGAGUGGUGGAGGAAGAGAAGAAGGUUGAGAUCUGGAGACCAGGUGACGAAGACCACACUAGGAUCCGCCACCUGUUGAACCGACUCCAAGUCAUCGGAGAAAGCCCUUUCCCCAGGAACUCAAGCACUGACCCUACACCAUCAGCGUUCUCUGAGUCCUCGGACUUUGACCCUGCAGGCCCAUCUCUGUUGACUGACGUCAGCCCUUUCCUACCAGAGCAGAACCUGAAUCAGGCGUCGGGGCUGCUGUUCUCUGAAAGUCAACAGAGAGACCUAUUAGGGCUGCUGGAGUGUACAGAGAUCGGGGUUCCCCAGCCCAGUCCCUCUGAUACCCAUGUUCUUCCUUACAUGGCCCGGAGAGAAGAGAUGGAUGCGGUGGUGUCUGUCUCGUACAACCAGGAGGACGGGGAGAGGUUCUGGGACCACUUUGGGAACAGCGGGCGGCUGCGCCACAUAGAUGACUCCGUUGACUCUAGCCCCGAGGAUGAGGUCCCAGAGCCUGUGUGGAUGAAGUUAGGGGAGGAGGCUCCAGAGGAGGUCAACGAUGCAGAGAACAGUGAGCGGGGCACAGAGGACCACCCAGCCUAUAAAGAUGUGCCUGGCCCCUGUGACCCAGAUGACCUCCUGGAUGGGGUCAUAUUUGGGGCAAAGUACCUGGGCUCCACCCAGCUCAAGUCUGACAAGAACCCUUCCACCAACGCCCGAAUGAAACAGGCCCAAGAGGCUGUGGACAGGAUCAAAGCCCCAGAGGGAGAGUCUCAGCCUAUGACUGAGGUGGAUCUCUUCAUCUCCACUCAGCGCAUCAAGGUCCUCAGCGCAGACACACAGGAGGCCAUGAUGGACCACCCUCUCCAGAUGAUCUCCUACAUCGCAGACAUCGGCAGCAUCGUGGUCCUGAUGGCCCGCAGGAAGCCGGCCGUGGGCCGUAAAGGCCAGGAGGAGAACCCCACCGGGGCAAACUCCCCCGGGCCACAGAAAAAGUGCUGCAUGAUCUGCCAUGUGUUUAACUCCGAUGAUGCACAGGUGAUCGCCCAGGCGAUUGGCCAGGCCUUCGGUGUGGCCUACCAGCAGUUCCUCCAUGCCAACGGCAUCAAGGCCAGCGAGCUAAAGCCCAGCGAGUACAGUGACUACUUGGGCACACAGGAGCUCUACAACGGAGACCUGGUGCACUUUUCUGAUUCAGAUAACAUCAGAGAGGUGUCCAUCUCCAAGGCUCCCGGGGAGAUAGUGGGGGUGGCGGUGGUGGAGUCGGGCUGGGGGUCCAUCCUUCCCACGGUGGUGGUGGCCAACCUACUCCACGGUGGCCCUGCAGAGCGCUGUGGGGCCCUCAGCAUUGGAGACCGCAUCAUGUCUGUCAAUAGCACCAGCCUUGUGGGCCUCCCCAUAACCACCUGCCAGAGUAUCAUACGGGAUUUGAAAAACCAAGCUGAGGUGAAGCUCAGUAUUGUCCACUGCCCUCCCGUCACCAUGGCUAUAAUCAAGCGACCGGACCCAAAAUUUCAGUUGGGCUUCAGUGUGGAGGACGGUAUUAUCUGCAGUCUGAUGCGUGGAGGGAUUGCGGAGAGAGGUGGCAUCCGGGUUGGACACCGCAUCAUUGAAAUCAACGGGCAGAGUGUGGUAGCCACUCCUCACGAGAAGAUCAUCCACAUUUUGACUAACGCAGUCGGGGAGAUUCACUUGAAGACAAUGCCAGCCUCUACAUAUCGCCUUCUAACGGGACAAGAUACGCCAGUAUUUCUCUGAGAGAACGGAGAAGAGUGCUGCUGCGCUCACAAGCAAACGAGCUAUACGCAAGCCAUUCUCCAACUAUACACAGGCCAUUCUCCAACUACACACAUGCUCACUCGCAGCCUCAUUCUAUUUUUUUCUCCCCAUAUGCAAUUGUACUGUAUCAGCUGGCUAUUGAUACACAUAAAGGGGUUCUCCACCUGUACAGAAUAUUUGAUGUAUGUAUGUUGGAAUUACAUGAUGAUACAGCACAUUUAGAUUUUUUUUUUAAUAAAACGCAGUUUAUAUUUAUGAGAUGUUUUAAAGCAAAUGAUAACUAAGAUUGGCAAUAGGAAAAGUUAAGUUAUUUUUCGACUAUACUAAGCAUCUUAACAGGAACAGGAUGAGUACGUACAAUUGUCUUCUUCCACUGCUCUUUAGUUGCAGAUGUGCCUCCGUUGAACUUGAGUUAAUGGAGAGAAGCCUUACUUAAGGAAAAUAUCUCUUGUUGUUUCGUGCUUCCCGCCUCAUUCUAUUUUGGUAUUUUAUUAGGAUCCCCAUUAGCUGUUGCAAAAGCAGCAGCUACUCUUCCUGGGGUCCACACAAAACAUAAUACAGAGCAUCAUUAGACAAGGACAGAACUACAUACAUUUAAAAAAAGGCACAUGUAGCCUACAUAUCAAUGCAUACACAAACUAGGUCAAAUAGGGGAGAGGUGUUGCUUUAUCUGUUUUUUGAAAACCGGUUUGCUGUUCAUUUGAGCAUUAUGAGAUGGAAGGAAGUUCCAUGCAAUUAGGGCUCUAUAUAAUACUCUACGUUUUCUUGAAUUUGUUCUGGAUUUGGGGACUAUGAAAAGACCCAUGGUGGCAUGUAUGGUGGGUCAGACCUGUGUGUAAGUUGAGUAUGCAAACAAUUUUGGGAUUUUCAACACUGUUUCUUAUAAAAAUAAGUGAUGCAGUCAGUCUCCCCUCAACUCUUAACCAAGAGAGACUGGCAUGCAUAGUAUUUAUAUCAGCCCUCUGAUUACAUUAAGAGCUAAACGUGCCGCUCUGUUCUGGGCCAGCAGCAGCUUAACUAGGUCUUUCCUUGCAGCACUGGACCACACUACUGUACAAUAAUCAAGAUUAGACAAAACUAGAGCCUGCAGAACUUGCUUUUUGUAGUGUGGUGUCAAAAAAGCAGAGCAUCUCUUUUUUUCUUUUUUUACGGUUAGACAAUGUCAUUGACUAACAUGCACGUCAACUGGCAACUAAAUGAGUUUUAAAUUAUUACACUGUAUCUCUGAACGGUGUACUAUUAAAAUGCUGAAAGAUGCCAUUCCCAUUUCAGUGCCUGGAAGAAUUCAUAACGUUGACUUCUGUAUUUGCAGAAUCAAAGGUAACUUAGCGUUAGAAAGAUAUGUUUUUAAUGACUGCCGUUUUGGAUGUUUUAUUAAAAUCGAUCUAUCCCUG